AUGCUCGGACUGCUCUCGCGCGCAACUGCAAACUUCAAGAACAGCACCCACCCCGCUGCUUGGUCCCCAGACGACCCCGCCCCGUCCGGCUUCUCCUCCCACAAGUCCUCCCUCUCGCUCCCGAUCAGCUCCCUCGCCACGCUCUCCUUCCGCGCGACAGGCAUCUACUCCCAGGGCACUAUCGUGUUCGAGCGGGCGGACGGGGCAGGGAGGGCGGCGGACCCGCCUUCGUACGGAGAAGCCGUGCACGAGUCAGGCAAGCCGAGGGAGGUCGGGACGGUCCAAGUCCAUGUCGAGGCGAGGACCAACAGCGAGGGGUUGUAUGGCGAGAGCCGGAUCGAGCCUGUCGAGGGCCACGAGCGGUGCGGGCUGUCGCUCACCACCCCCGCAUCGUCGUCCGUCUCGCGCCUAGGCGCCACGCUCUCCUACCACAUCGUCGUUGCGAUCCCUUCGACACUCACCUCCCUCGAUACGCUUCUCGUCGAAGCAACCGGUUUCCGCGUGAUCCUCUCUUCCUCCCUCUCCUCCUUCCCCUUCUCGACCCUCGACAUCUCGACAACAGACGCACCAGUCGUCCUACACGACCUGCGCGCGGAGAACAUCAAGAUCCGCAAUGCGAACCUGCUCGACCCGAACAAGCGCGAGCUAAAGAACUUUGACGACCUCAUCUCUGGCUCUGUCGCCUCCUCAUCUCGCAUCCAACUCGAGUGCGAGAACGGGCCUAUAUCAGGCUCCUUUCGCUCGAGCGGCGCAGUCAUCGUCCACUCGACAAACUUCCCUGUCAAGGGAGACUUUCACGGCGCCUCGUUACGGAUCGCGACGACCAAUUCCGAGAUCAGCGGGACGUUCGAUGCCAAGCGUGAUAUUGCGAUACAGAACGUGCAUGGGAAGGUCGAGGGGAGGUUUAGGGCGCCGAUGGGGUGCGAGAUCAAGGGGCAGUACAACGCGAUCAACGGGAGCUUCGAGGUUGGGAACGAACUCAAGCUCAUCACCACCGUCUUCCGCAUCGACGCGACCGUCCGCCUCCUCCCCCCUCCCUCGUCCUCCCUCAAUCCCUCGCACCCCACCCUCCCCGUCACACGCAUCGCCUCCGCUACCUCCUCAACCAACGAACUCCCAACUUUCGAAGACGCCAUCGCCUCUUCGUCCUCUUCCGCCUCGUUUGGGGUCGUCAACGUCCUCGCUGAGACGACCGAUGCGGCUAUCGAGCUGAAUUUCGAGCAACACCCGAAGGAGGUGACGUGCAGGAGUUUGGCGAGGACUAGUGGGGGGUCGAAAGUGAUUGUUACGCAUCCGCAAAACUGGGAGGGAGCGUUCUCCGCAUCGACAGUCCUCGCCCACACAGCCACCUUCACCACCCUCUCGCAUUCCUCUCCAACCCUCGGCGCGCGCCAAACCUCGCUCGACACCGACUCGCGCUCGAGAGUCGCUGGGUCUGUCAGGUGGGAACGCGGGGAGGGAGCAACGGGGAAUAGGAGUGUGGUGGAGACCGAUGGGCCGGCGGAGGUCGUGGUGCGCUAG